CUCAGCUUUUGCAGCCGUCUGUGUAUACUUCCGUCGCGCUGCGGGGUCGCUGGGUAUCAGGGCCAAGAGAGAGUAUGUUCUAAAGGCCACAGCGCCUUUCGUGCUGGCGUACACAAUGGGCCUAGUUUGCGUUUAUGCCUUAUCUCCAAAGUACGCUGCUGCAGCAUCUACUGAUAGGGAUCGAUUUUUUAUGGCUGUCAUAUACCUGACCGUCUUCCUGCCCCCUAUCGGACUCGUCAACAAACUUGUGCGGUCACUCAAAGUACGAAUUGACGCACCGAGACACAGCCACAGAAUGACAGCGGACUUUUUUCUCGUGAUCCAAUGUGUAUUCAAGAGGGGCCCCCAACAUGCAACUCGCUGCUUAUUGCGAUGCCAGCCAUGGUGUGUGACGGUGCGGGUGCGAUGGCCUGAGACCCCAUGAUAAGUCCUUGCAUGGAUCCAUGCACCGUGUGUCAGACGUACAUUCUCUUUCCGAGAAUGCUCCAGUCCGAGGCCGUCAACCUGAGCAGCAAAUUGGUCUACAGCGUCGUCAUGUCGCUCUUCGACCUGAUAAUGGAUAUCUCGUCCCCCUAUGGUGCAUGCGUCAGCCAUGAAAAGAUGAGUGAGUUGUUCUCCAAUCAUUUUUGUUCCCUUUUGAGUGCAUUUCAGCGAUCCUGCUGUAUCUGCGGGCCAAGAAGCUUGUCAAGGCUCGCUGCAAGAAAAGAACACCCACAGCUCAUCCCCUGACUAGCAUCGCGCUGGCCGCAACCAAGGAGGAGGCUGUCAGUGGACCACCCACGCACAAGGACAACGAUGCUACGGAGAGGCAGCACGACAAGAGAAAUGACAGCCAUUUGCUGAGACGUCAAAGCUCCAUUAUGAGCGCAGCGCUCUCUCUCAGAGGCACAAAGCCGGGUCUCAGUCCGACUGGAGGGCUGCAGUCGGCCUUGGCGUCACUUGAAGUGUCUCCAAGGUACCUGAGGCCGUGACACAUCAUGAUACACAGAGAUACUAUAUUUAUGCUCUUUUCUCCAAAGGUGCCUACGUUCGCUGUGCGACCAAAUCCACAUCUGGUCCAAUUGCGAGUUGGUGGCGCUUCUCUUUACCAACCUGACUGUGCUCACGGCCCAAGCUUACGCAGGCGCACCAUGGCAGCAGGUUGUGGAGGGAGGCAUCGGUUUGGUGUUACUGGUGGCUAUCGAGCAGCUAUUCGAGCUGUGCGUGCUGUGUGUCAUGAUGAGAUGGAACAACCUGCCCAUGCUGACAUCCACUCGUGAGAAAGGCGUUCUUCGCUCCAGGAUCCUGAUAGUGCUCAUGGCCGCCACUUCCUUCCUGGUCAGGUGCACCUGUCGACUUCUUUCUCACUGCACUGCAUGUGCCUCUUGUCUGUCUGUCUGUGUCUAUAUCCGUGUGUGCAGCAUUUUCUCAUGGCUGCCAUUUCUCCACUUGUCUGUCCAGGGCGCAGUCAGCCGCACAGUUGCAAAGCCCCGACUUAUCGGGCAAUCGGAGUCGUCCGACCCGGCUGCUCUCUGCCCAUAUCUUUCUCCUUCCCUCUAGAAUGAACGAAUCGUGGGCCGGCUGCCAUGCAGCGCCAUGCUGGGCAGAGUCUUCGCAGAUGUCUCGGGCAGGAAAGAGAGAAGCGUCUGGCUCAUUUGACGUGUGUAUCAAGGUGGCCCCUCACAAUGGGAUUGGAGGGAAUUCGUAUUGGAGGCGGGGCGAAGUAGGCCGUGGGUGGGGAUCAAUGGAUGGGCACAUAGGAGAGAAGAGCCUGGAAUGGGUCAUCUGUACAUGUUUGUAUUGGCCGUGCUGAGUGAGACAUGCUGCUUUUCUUGAAGCCACUGCUGAUUUGAAGUCGA